UAUUUAUCUGGUGCAGAGCUGAGUCAUACGUCAGUUAUGACAGCCGAAAUUCAAGUUUAAUUUGUAAAUUAUAAAUAGUAACAGUAAUUGCAAUAAUGUUAAUAGUUAUUGUUAGUAAAUGAAUAUUGUUAUUAUUAAUUGGUACCAUAAAAGCAUAAUGCAUAAAUUUAGAAUCAGAGGUGUGGUUAUAAAAUCAAUAGCAAGUGUUCUCAUUUAUUUUAACCUGAAAAAUUUUAUAUCAAUACAAAGUCAUUAUGUGAUUUAAUUGCACUAGAUGCCAUGAAUUUAGAAGUGAAACAAACUGACGUAUUUAUCAGCAGAAUGUCGUAGAAAUGGAGGUAAAAGAUAUUUUGAAUAACAUAUUUGGUCAAGAUAGUAUUAACGAAUUAAAUAUACCAACGAGCACUAAAUCAGAUGACAAUUCCAGAAUACAGCAGAGUAUCAGCUUUGCUAAGGAUCAUAUACAAAAAUUUCUAUCGGAAAUCAACAAAAGCGAGGUAGCAGAUGACACUAGACCUGGCAGGAUAGGUCCGAAGCUGGUACGUUUUGACGUAUCAACACACCACGGUCUGAUAAUAGUGUCUCCAGACCGGCUGAGCGUAAAUUCUCAGAGUAACUUCAGCACACUGCGAGCAAAUACUGGUUUCUACGAGGGAAAAUGGAUGUACGAGCUGCAACUGGGUUCGAAAGGAGUGAUGCAGGUUGGCUGGGGCACGGCCCAGUGCAAAUUCAGCCAGGAGAGCGGAGUAGGUGACACCGUGAACUCUUAUUCUUACGACGGUAACCGUGUGAGAAAGUGGAACGUCUCGACUCAUAAAUACGGCGAGCCCUGGCUGUCCGGUGAUAUUAUUGGCUGUGCAUUGGAUAUGGAUCAAGGUACGAUAGACUUUUAUCGUAAUGGAAGACAUUUGGGACGUGGAUUUGAUAACAUUGCAACGGGUACGGGUAUUGCAUAUUUUCCUACUGUUAGUUUAGCAUUCACUGAAAAUUUAACGGCGAAUUUCGGGUCAACGCCUCUGCGGUAUCCAGUUGAUGGCUAUCAGCCUCUACAGCUAACGCCGCAUGAUCAAGUUGUUAAAGCGAGCAUGCUUGUGAAAUGGCUGGAAAAUUUAUUGCCGAUGAUUCAAGAAGACACUGAGGACAACAGUUGUCCUGGAUCUGGUGAUAAGACAAUGAGCAAACGAACGUACCUGAUGUGCAUCGCUAGGUUGCUUAUGCAUGAUCUAGGUCCACUGCUUACAAUACCAUACAUUACUGAGGCUGUCUUCCUGCCAUUCUUUCAUCAACUAUUAACUAUUAAUAAUAAUAAUUCAGCAAUUAAAAAAAAUAUUAAUAAUUCAAAAGUCAAUAUACUGUUAGAUUUAUUGUGGACAUUUCUUGAGGAACAUGAGAUGAAAAUGUGCCUCGAAAAUAGCGUUAUCUAUUUGCUGUCAAUAUUUCGUCACGUGUCGAUGAUACUGGAGUAUCCAGACCAAUGUAAAAGUUUGGUUCUGCUUACAAGUAUGUGUCGGCACUCGACAACACGUCAAUAUUUAUUACAAAAUGUACUUUUUGACAGAGUGCGCUUUGCCAAUUUCGUUCAUGUCAAGCCGCUAGAUGAGGGUGGUCUAGCUGAAGUAAUUCCAAAAACUUGGUGGGAAACUAAUCCCGUAGACACGUCAAUUGAAGUUAAUCGCGACAGUUACAUGCAGUCUUGCGAUAAAAUAAAAACAGCUAUCGCUGAAAUAGAAGCUCUCCAAGUUGAGUUACUGAUAACAUUCUUAGAUAACACUGACGGUACACCAAAGUCACCCUCAUCCAGGACAAUAUUUUUAAAAAAAUUUCGGAGAUUCGUUCAGGAUAAUUUGAUAUCAAGUCGCACACCAUUGCAGAUAACCGUCUGCUGUUUUCAUCGUCUGCUGGUGGCGUUUCGUAUUCUCUGGGACGAGGAAGUCGGCACUAGUCCGAUUUACUUGCCAUGUAGAUUGUUUUACGACGGGUCAAUAAGUUACACGGGAAUUGAUAGGCUCGGUGGAGUAUUAUCCUACCUCAAUAAAACAUACAAGAAUGAACUAAUUCAUCAUCUGGGUCCGGACCACGAAGUCAUCGUGGCGAUGGAGCAAACGACGCAGGAGUCAACUACCACGGGGACAUUUAUGGGUACUCCUGGACAGAUUAACGACUUGCCAGUAGUAAUACCUACGUCGACGAGGAUGCUUAAUGUUAAUCCGGGUACCCCAUUAACGCCACUGAUCCUCGGGUAUCCUACCGGCGCAUUCGCUCGGGAGAAUAGAACCACUCCCAUGAAACUCGGGACUGCAGACUCGGUAGUGUCUCUUCUCGAGUUAUUGGAGGGCGUAAUUUUAUUCUAUCACGCAGCUGCCAAGAAACAAGUCGCCAAGGUCGCUAAUUUAAGAGACAGUAUGACGGAAUACAUCACGGCGAUGUCGGAACUGAAAGUGAGGGCAGAUGCCAUGAAGAAACUCAAGGACCCGAGCUCUCAGUCAAUUCACAAGGAAUUAGUCCGUACUGUUGGUGUUUUCAGCACAAAAUUAUCCGAGCAAGCGAGACACAUGGCUUGGGUACGGGCCGCUGUUUAUUCUGAAGAGAAACAGGCUCAGUUGGCUUGGCUGCUCAAGGUCGUUUUGUUGACGCUGCGCAAAGCCAGUGAGGAAGGCAACAUGUUUAGAUUCGUGCCGGACUUUUAUCUGGAAGCGCUUGCCGAUUUGAGUGUCGGAAUAAAAAAUCAUCUCCACCCGACAGUGCCUAUUGAAAAAAUACCAGGCUACCAAGACGUCCUGCAAGAAAUCGCCCAGUUCCUUUGUGAUCAUUUCCUAGACCAGCGGAUUGUCCACGCGAUCGCCAAGGAUACGUUGAUUCUGACUCUCGCUGGGUUCACAUCCAACCCAUUGACUCUUCAAGCUCUGGAGCAAAUCCCCAAAGAAUCGAGAGUAAAAUUUGUCAGCAAUAUUUUACGACCUUAUGAAAAUCGUGCUUGGGCGCAGUCUAACUGGGUGCUGGUGAGAUUCUGGCAAGGAAAUGGGUUUGCAUUUCGAUACGAAAAGAGUCCGCAUUUAUCGAAAAAAGUUGGUCCUAAAAUGCUGCAACAGGAGUCGAUAUCACAGCCAAUAAAACCCUGUCCUUCAUCAAUUUAUCAGAUGCACGUUAAAGAAAUACUUUUAGAAAAUUCUAAAACAACGACGCAGUUUCUCAACUCGCUGCUAAAUCAAAUGAACUGGGCAUUCUCGGAGUUCAUUGGAAUGGUCCAGGAAAUUCACAACGUAUCUUCCAGGCCUGAGCGCGUGUUCAUCGAAUCAAGGCAGCUAAAAAUAUGCGCAACGUGUUUCGAUUUGACGAUAUCACUUCUCAGAGUCGUCGAGAUGAUCGCGACAGUGGCACCGAGUAUUUUUAAUAAUCCUCAGCAGUCAUCCGGUGACAAUUUACUCGCACGUCUCUGCCAAUUGCUAUGUCAAAUUCUCAACAGAAUAAGUUCUCAAACCAGCUGUUUCCAGCACGUCGUGCUCCUGAACAUCCCGGACUUGGAUACCGUUGAUCAUUUUCCCAUUCUCGUAGCCGUCGUCGGUAUUCUCCUGGCACUGCUUCAAGAGGACAUGGCCAACGCGCAAUCUAGCAAAACCGCUGAGCAGGUUCCGAGAAUAACCCGGACUCUCUUAACAGAACCAAGUUUUCAAAUGAACUCUCUGUAUUUUGUUAUCGGCGAAGGCGCAAAAAAAAAUAGCAAAUUUAAAAAUGUUAAAGUAUUUACGUUGGAAAAUUACAAAAAUGACGUCAGCGAACGCGAAAUAAAACGUCUGAGAGACAUGAUAAAGUACUUGGACAAAAAGCGUACUCUACUUCCUGACAACCGCAUCAUCAGCGACGACGACGACACUUGUAUAAUAUGCUACGCUUAUCCAAUUGGUGCGAUUUUCAAACCAUGUAACCACAAGUCAUGUCGUGUGUGCAUUGAUCGGCAUCUGUUGAACAGCCGCGAAUGUUUUUUCUGUAAAACAGUUAUUAUGCAAGUGUAUGACAUUGACGAUGUCCUGCUGCACGAUCUAACCGCCUCUAGUCUUAAUCCCUCUAGUUCCUCAAGUAUAUCGUGAUAUUUAAUAAUGUAAAAAAAUGGUUUUAAAGAUAAUGAGAUUAUUGAUUUAUUAAUAUAUAUAAAAUUUAUUUAUGCUAA